AUAGCGGGUUCUGCUAAUUGCCUAUCGGUUGUUCUCAGGAAGAGAAAGCACCAAGAGCCGCUCGGUUUUCUUUUAACCACGUUCCCCGGGUGGUGAGGGCUGGGGGCGGCGAGUCCCUCCAGCCCAGAGGGAGCGGGGAGCUGCCCCUACCUGGCUGAGGCAUGGUGGCAGCGUGAGGGAGGCAGCCCACAGCCCGGCACUGGAAGAUGUCGGGCAGAGAGCCCCCUGCCCUGGAGGGGGGCAGCAGCGAUGGGCGGGCGGGUGAGGUGAAGGCUUCGGCGCAGCCCCCCAACAGUAUCAGUGUGCAGGGGGUCUCCUACACGGUCAGAGAGCGUGUUGGCCCCUGGUGGAAUGUUCCUUUGUACCAUAAAAAAUGGACUCGGCAAAUACUUAAAGAUGUUUCAUUUCACAUAGAGAGUGGCCAGAUUAUGGGGAUUUUAGGAAAUUCUGGAUCCGGGAAAACAACACUUUUAGAUGCAAUAUCAGGAAGGCUGGGCCAUAAAGACAGUUUCCUCGGUGAAGUGUAUGUGAACGGCCGUCAGCUGAAGAAGGAACAGUUUAGAGACUGCUUCUCUUAUGUACCACAGAAUGAUGCUUUGCUAAGCUUCCUCACUGUAGAAGAGUCUCUGACCUACACAGCUUUACUUGCUCUUCAGAAAUGCUCCAGCAAUGUUAUCAAAAAGAAGGUGGAUGCAGUUAUGGCCGAGCUGAGUCUUAGCCACAUUGCGGACAAAAUAAUUGGAAGCCAUAUUUUUGUAGGAAUUUCUGGAGGUGAGAGGCGUCGUGUUUCAAUUGCAGCCCAGCUAUUACAAGAUCCAAAGGUCAUGCUACUUGAUGAACCAACAACAGGGCUGGAUUGCCUGACUGCAAACCAGAUUGUCUCGCUGCUCUCAGAGCUUGCGCACAAAGACAGGAUUGUGAUUAUUACAAUUCAUCAGCCUCGCUCAGAACUCUUCAGGUUAUUUGACAAAAUAGCCAUCAUGAGCUUUGGAGAAAUGGUUUUCUGUGGGAACCCUAUGGAAAUGAUCACAUUUUUUAGCAACUGUGGCUAUUCGUGUCCUGAACAAUCAAAUCCUUUUGACUUCUUUGUGGAUCUGACUUCUGUGGACACCCGAAGCAAGGAACGUGAACUUGAAACCUACAGUAGGGUUCAGGUAAUUACAUCAGCCUACAAAAACUCAGAGAUCUUUAGCAAAGUACUGGCAGCCAUUGAAAGAACAAGGUGUAUGAAAGAUCGGCCACCUAUACCAUUCAAAAACAAAGACUCACCCGGUGCCUUUUCCAAACUAUGGAUUCUUUUCCGGAGGAUAACAAGAAAUUUCUCUAGAGAUAAGAUGGGCAUCAUCAUGCGUCUCCUCCAGAAUCUUCUGUUUGGCUUGUUCGUAGCAUUUUUCCUUCUUAGACUAAGGACUGACGUGGAAAAAGGAGCAGUGCAGGACCGUGUGGGGCUUAUCUACCAGUGCGUGAGUGCCCCCCCCUACACAGGGCUGCUCAAUGCUGUUGGCCUUUUUCCACCUUUACGUGCCAUCAGUGACCAAGAAAGUAAAGAUGGCUUGUAUAAGAAGUGGCAAAUGCUCUUAGCCUAUAUACUGCACUUCCUGCCCUUCAGUGUCAUCAGCGUGGCAAUCUUCAGCAUCUUUAUAUACUGGACUGUAGGGUUGUAUCCUGAUGCUGCCAGAUUUGGAAUUUUCUUUGCUGCUGUCUUCGCGUCUCAUGUAAUUGGAGAAUUACUAACACUUGUAAUACUUGGCGUGGUUCAAAACCCAAAUAUAGUCCAAAGUGGAGUGGUGCUGCUUAACUCAGCAGGUGUGGUAGCAGGAACAGGACUUGUAAGGACCAUAGAAGAAAUGCCAACACCUUUUAAAAUACUCAGUUAUCUUACCUUCCAAAAAUACAGCAGUGAGAUUCUUGUAGUCAAUGAAUUUUAUGGCUUAAGCUUCACCUGUGGGGGAGCCAACAGUUCCACUACAGUUAAUUCUGCAUGUAUAUUCUCCAAUGGCAUGCAGUUCAUUGAAAAAACCUUUCCUGGUGCGUUGUCCCGGUUCACAAUGGAUUUCUUAUUGCUCUAUGCUUUUGUACCAGUACUUGCAGUUAUAGCAGUCCUGAGCUUCAAAAUAAGAGAGAAAAUUAUUAACAGGCAGUGAAAAAAGGUGCAAGAUCUGACAAUAUGUAUUUUAAAUUUUAUGUUCUUAAUUUCAUAGUAAAAAUCAAGGUAAAUUCUUGAUUUGCUGGAUUUUAGAUUUCAGAAUUUAAAUGACCAUACAUAGUAAAACACAUUCAUCUUCUUGUUUGUUUCUAACUGGAUGCUUUCCAUCUUGAAAAACAAACCUCUCUCUUAAGAGGGUGAACGGCUUCAUGCUAUUCCUUGUACCUCAUUCCUAAAUCAGCCAUAUCAACAGUAUUACAUGUCUGAAAAAGCUUUUGAAUUUAAAUUAGUCUGCUGAUGUCAUUUUUAGCAAUGUAUCUCACUGGUGCUCUAAUUCUUUCCCCAGUUUUGUUGUUUUUAUUUUAGCUAUUACCAAUAAGCCAAGGUGUAUAAUGGCUAGUAAACCUUUCUCCUAGAAUUGUAUUUGAAGUAGUAUGCUUGGUUUGAUACCAUUUGGGGGAUUUGUA